AUGGCCGAACAAGUUAGAGAAGAAGAUCAAAAAAGGAUCGUUCAGAACAGAAUCCGUGUUGAAGAGGUACGAGAGACAUGCCCCAUGAUAAACUGCCUCAAGUUUGAGAUUUUUAUGUUUGCUGUCUCCUUUGUGGAGUCUGACCUGACUGGUAACUUUGGCAAUAUCUUUUUAGGUAGUAUAUACUACUACGAUAUUUCUGAAAGACGGUCAUUUGGCAGUCUUGAUGUUUACGAGAUACAAACAGGAGGCGGCAUGGUGAUUCUGCCUGGAGUGUUUAAUGAUGAUGAUUCUGAUACUGCUAACAAUAAUAGGGUUCCAACUGACUUCCUCUCAUUCCCCAAAAGAUCAGAUUAUAUAGAUAUUCAUGGAUUCGGAGCUGAUUUCGAGUUAGUUGUGCAUCGUGAAUAUCAUAACCCAUCUGAGGACGACAAUCGGAAUGAAAAUGACGAGGAAUGUAACAGCAGAGAGACACACAAUGCAAGCUAUCGCAGAAAGACAAUGCAUGAAAUAGCAAAUGAUAUACAUUCCCGACACGAUCCCUGUACUCCCAGCAUGAAAAACAUUGAGCAGCGCAUGCGUACUUUCCACGGAUGGAGAAUGACUGGAGAAUGGACUGCUGAGAAAGUAGCCCAGGCCGGAUACUUUUAUACAGGAUAUGGUGACCAGGCCGAAUGCUAUCAUUGUUCAUUUUGUGUACAUGAAUGGGACGAGGCCCCUAUUGUCAUGCAUGUUAGAUGGGCUCCGAGAUGCAGAUUCCUACGUGAUACGUUUUCGCAGGAUUUCAUCUACGACAUAUUAUUCAACCGAAAUAACUGAAGGGACUACAGGACAAUUCAGAACGAGGGAAACUACAACCAUGUACAUAAAUAUACAUAUGUGUGUGUGUGUGUGUGUGUGUGUGUGUGUGUGUGUGUGUGUGUGUGUGUGUGUGUGUGUGUGUUUUGUGUACCUAUAUUCUUUUGUCCAGUAAUUCGACAAAUCGACGUUGAAUGUCAUUUCGAUUCGGUUUUUUUUUUUUUUUUUUUUUUUAAAGUUUACCGUUAUUAGGUUGUACGCAAUUGUAAAGAGGCUUACCCGCAGACGGACCGGUAAACGGCACAUCUCCGAUCACUAAAUAAACUUCAGUACACAUUUCUAUGUGACAAAAUUAGAGGC